ACACACGUGAAGGGUUCAACUUGAACACGUUCAGGCUUUAGCAUAGUCUAAAACCUUAUAAGAGAAGAAAAAACACGCCGAAGACAGCGUAAAGUGAAGAAUUAUUGGAUAUAAGGAUCAUGUACGUAUGAAUUCAAGUGCAUUUCUACCAAAACCGGUUUUCAAUGGAAGCAUAUGAUGAUAUGCCACCUUUAGAAGAUGAUGAUGUAGAAGUGGUUACAUCACCCGAGUCUUCAGAAACAAUGGAUUCAGUUCAGAACACGUCAGACGCACUUCCAAAUGGAAGGCACCUGGUGGCUUCAUGUGAAGAUGACGAUAAUGAUGAUGAUGAUAAUGAAGACGACUGGGAAGAAAUGGAGGAGAGCACGGAGGAAAAGAUACAGUGCCUCUUUUGUAAAGAUGAGGUUCUUUCAAUAAACAAAAGCUUAACUCAUAUCAAAGAAGAACAUGAUUUUGACAUUGCUUCUUUUAUCUGCAAGUUAAACUUGGACCAAAUAGCUUUUAUCAAACUUAUCAAUUAUAUAAGAAAAGAAAACCCAGCCCCUAAACAGCUCAAACAAGAAAAGCCAGAAAAGUGGGAAUGUGACAGUUAUAUGAAGCCUGUAAAUGCUGAUGAUUCUUGGUUAAUGUUUGAUGUUGAAGAACUUACCAGUCAGGAGGAGCAGAGCAAUAAUAAGACUGCAGAUCCCACAGCACUUCAGGCCAGAUGUGAUGAAUUCCAGGAGAUUAUUGAAAAACAGCGUGAAACAAUGACGAGAAUGUUGCAGGCAGCUCAUGCGAACAGUACGAUUGAUAAUGAGAAACCCAUGAGAACAGUGGGAGACAUAAGACCCGAGGAGGAUGAAGGCUACUUCAAUUCCUAUGCUCACUUUGACAUCCACCAUGAAAUGUUGUCAGACCGGGUAAGAACUGAAUCCUAUCGCGAUGCCAUCCUAAAAAAUGCCUCACUCUUUAAAGACAAAAGGGUGCUAGACCUCGGUUGUGGGACUUCUAUUUUAUCCAUGUUCUCAGCAAAAGCUGGAGCGAAUGUCACUGGUGUGGAUAUGUCUGAUGUAAUAUACAAAGCAAUGGACAUUGUGAAGGAGAACAAUUUAGAAGAUGUUAUCAAACUGCACAAAGGAAAGCUUGAAGACCUAGAAUUUGAGCACAAGUUUGACUACAUCGUGUCAGAAUGGAUGGGGUACUUCCUGCUAUUUGAAGGUAUGCUGGAUUCAGUCCUUUAUGCCAGAGACAAGCACCUAGCCGAGGGAGGUCUCCUGCUGCCGAACAGAUGCACAAUGCACCUUGUAGGGAUGGAAGAUGAAGAGGCCUUUCAUAAGUAUGUCAGUUUUUGGGAUGAUGUCUAUGGCUUCAAAAUGACAUGCAUGAAAGGUGAUGUUGUUAAAGAAGCAAACACUGACAUCAUCAAAGAGGAGAAAAUUAUUACAUCUUCAGACACAAUUCUUGACCUAGAUCUCAUGACGAUUACUCCCAACGACACAGAGUUCUCUUCCGAAUUUUCACUAACAGUCCAAAGAGAUGGUUUGCUGACAGGUUUUGUUGGAUAUUUUGACACUUACUUUGAGAUGCCAACUCCAGUUUUCUUCUCCACUGGUCCACAUGCCACCCCAACACACUGGAAACAAACUGUGUUCUACCUUCCAGAACCACAUAAUGUCAAAAAAGAUGAAGUAAUUAAGGGCGUAAUAUCUGUCCGGAGAAAGAGAAGAGAAAUCCGAUCUCUAGAUGUUGGAAUCUCCUUUAACAACAAAAAAUUCAAAUAUUUGGUGGAGUAAUAAAUGUGCAAUUCA